AGGGAACAGGGAGCUGAAUGAUCAUACAAGUGCUCUCAGUGAACUUUUGAAGCCUCAGAGCUCAAUGAAGCAUACCUGAAUCAAAGGUCAGCUCUUGUUCCUGGCGGCAACCUUGUACAGGAGUUAGAAAGCACUUCUAACAGGAAAUUAGAAGACGAGGAUUUAACUUUUUAAUAACUUUGCCUACCCAGCCUCCUCAGAGAUUGAGAGUCACUGAAAUGCAGUAUAUUAUCCUAAUGGAAGGCCACCCAUCUCCGAAGGUCUACCCAGCUUCUGCUUGUUAAGGAGCCUUAGCAGCGGUCUUGAGAAAAGGAAAGAUCUCCCUCCCUCACCUGACAUACAGAAUAAUAUGAAGGACUGCUGUGGGUUCCCUGUGGAUUUAUUAGGUGUGUGUGAGAGUUUGGUAGGGAGAAGCAGUUGGGUUCCCAUGGAUGGAGUUUGAUAAGAAGGACCCCUGAUGUCUACACUGCUCCUGGUCUGUGUGCUCCUGUAUUCCGGGAUUAGCAAUAGCGUGGCAAGAGGCUGGAAACCUUGUACAGAUUUGUUACCGUUGGAUUUCCUCACCAAGGUUUUACCUGCUAAUGGUGUGGCGCCCGGUGGGAUACGAAUGGUUCAGGAUCAGGGAGCCCGUGGAUUCCAUCUGUCCACUUCUCAGGGGAGCCCCAGCUUCCCAGCCUCCCACCUCUUCAUCAACUGCGACUACUUCCCAGAAGAGUUCUCCAUCGUCGUCACAAUGAAAGCCUCCAGGAUUGCAUCAAAGAAAAAUGAGUACAUUUUUACCGUAGUAGAGGAAGACUCCAACAAACUGUUGCUUGGACUGCGAUACUCUCAGGAUAAGCUGCACUUUUUGUUUUGGAACUAUGGGGACAGGGAUCACAUUACCUUCCGAUCUGUGAAGCUGGCAGAUAAUCAAUGGCACACACUCAUCUUAGCAGUGUCAGGGGUAUAUGCAUCCCUGACUGUGGACUGUGGCAUUCCUGUUGACCUAGUCCUUCGUAGACCAUUCCCUGCACAUCUGAACACAAAGGGAUCCAGAUUCCAUAUUGGGAACCGGAGAAGAUUGAAGGGACUGUUUUCAGGGUUAUUAAGACAGCUGGUUCUGUUACCUGGAUCUGAUGCUACCUCAAGAAUAUGCCCCACCUCAGACCCCAAGCUAGCUAUCCUCUCCGUCCCCCAGGUUCUCCUGGACCUCCCAGUAAAACCAUCCGAAAAUGAAGUCUUGAAGUAUCCUUACGAAGCUGAAAUACGAGUGACUCUCGGGUCCCGCCCUCCCUGUACAAAGAAACAAACUGGCCAGCUGUGGUUUGACACGUUGAGGAGAGGGCUCUAUAUAUGCGACAGCCAGGGCUGGGUUGCCAUGCUGCAAGCAAAGCAGAGACUGGACUAUGUGGAAGAAUACCAGGACUUUUAUACAAAUUCAGAAACUCUCGAUAUUGAGAUUUUUGAAAUUCCAUCUGUGGGGCUGUUUGCUGCUACAGCCAAUAGGAGGCCUGUCCCAGGCUCAGGGAUCUAUAAAUGGACCAAUGGGAAGUUUGAACCUUACCAGAAUAUAACAACCUACCAAGCACAAGCCUGGAAAUAUUUUACCAUUGACGACAAGAGUUUCCUAGCGGUUGCUAACUUUGAGAAGAAUGAAAGAAACCAGGAGUACUCGGUUAUUUACAAAUGGAGCCAAAGAAGAUUGAAGUUCUUUUCAUACCAGACCAUCGAGACCCACUGUGCUAGAGACUGGGAAGCUUUCCAGAUAGAGGGGGAGACCUUCCUUGCAGUCGCCAAUCACAGGCAAGGGGGCAAUCAUAACAUUGGCAGUGUUGUUUACAAAUGGAACCCUGGGACACAGCUCUUCGAAACCAACCAGACCAUCCCUACCUCUGGAGCCUAUGACUGGGAGUUUUUCACUGUUGGACCCUACUCUUUUCUGGUUAUUGCAAACACUUUCAAUGGCUCCUCCACUCAGGUUUAUUCCAGGAUUUAUAUCUGGCUUGGUGGAAUGUUCCGGCUUUUCCAGUCAAUUAUGACAUUCGGUGCUACAGACUGGGAGGUGUUCCAGUUUGGUGGCAGAGUCUUCCUUGCCGUGGCUAACAGUCAGAAAUAUGACAAAACCGGACAGAGUUCCUACGCCAUUAACUCAACCAUCUAUGAGCUCAACAUCACGGCACAGAUAUUCGUCAGAUUUCAGGACAUCUCAACGUACAGUGCGGUUGAUUGGGAGUUCUUCACCUUAGGAGAAGACAAGUUCCUGGUUGUAGCAAACUCCUAUGAUGGCAAAUCCUACUCUUUAAAUAGUGUUAUAUACAGGUGGCAGGGAUAUGAGGGAUUUGUUCCAGUACACAGGCUUCCAACAUUCGGCUGCACCGACUGGGAAAAGUUCAAUACUACAGACAGCUCCUACCUCAUCUAUUCCAGUGCCAGAGAGGGCAUUUCAAAGGUUCUUAAACUUAAAACUUACUAAUGGGUGUAAAAGUUCCAUUAAGGCCCAAGUUAUCCCAAAAUUGCAAAUGUGGAGUCAGAUUUGAGAUUGCAGUGCAUGCCACCAGUUCCUGCCUAGCGACUUGGAGAUGGAGUUCCUGGAAUACAGUAACCAAGGGCAACACGAUCAUAAUACAACUGUGAACCUGGAUCAUGAACAUUUUCAUAAACAGCCAAAGUUAAACAUGACCAUGAACAAGCAUUACUUUGAACUGAAGAUUUUAUUUUCUAACAUAUAUAUUUUUCUAUUCAAAUUCCACAUUUUUUUAUUUGCUACCAAAACGUUGAUGGUAAAUGCACACAAGAGCAACUGAAGAAAACUCAGGGAUGACAACACAGCAACAAAUUGAAGGUUGUUUUUUUCACGAUACACACAUUAGGCUUUCUAAUGGAAAGACCAGCUGUUUAUAUA